CCCAUCCAAAAAUGGAGCUGGAGUGUCAGACAGGUGGUGGAUUGUCAGACCCGCCCCCUGAGCAGUGCAGCAUGGGCGCUGGCCCCACCCAACAGCCUGAGAUAUCAGAACUUUAGGCAGCCGGUGCUGUCUAACCCCAUACAUCAUGCGAGCCAGCCUCAAAUGCGCUACGGCGAGGAGGAUUGGGAGGACUCUCUCAGUGUUUGUGUGCUGGUGCGACAGGGCGAGUCACAUGGCCUCCACACCCUUCUGGAGAUCCCUGUGUUUGGUCACAACAAAAUGGGAAGGCCCCUCACGUCUCCAGAGUUCUUGUUUCCACUGACCACAGUGGAUGGUAGCAGAGAGGAUGACAUUAACGUAGUGACCUUCAAACGUAGCGACACUGAUGCUGUAACGAGAGAACACGGCUGCUUCAGAAGCCUGUUUGAAACGGAGGGAUGUCCUGCACCGUUCAUGUCUGGCUCCACCUUUUACUGCUUUCAUUGUCCUGGCACACACACUAACAGUGUGCUAAAGUACAGCCAGGACAGCGGACUUGACAGGAAGACGGUGGAGCUGCCCUCUGUAUCGCUGUGCAGCCAUGCAGGCCGAGCAGAGGGGGAGCAUCGUGAGAGUGACAGGGAAGGAGAGGAAAAACUGGCCCUGAUGUAUGAAAGGCUGAGGAUAGAGCUUCCAAGAUUCUUUAUGACAAACCAUGACUACUCCAUGUACUCAAACGAUGUGGAAUUCAUCAAC